AUGCCGCCGCUGGUCACCUAUACCUCUGACUCUGACUCGGACUCGGACUCGGACUCGGACCCGGCGCCGGACCCAGAAGCAACUGCCGGCUCGGCCUCCGGGCCUGCAUCCAAGAAACGCAAGACAUCGCACCAAGGUGUCCCCACCCAGUCUGCACUCCCGCCCCUCCCAGCCGCCUUUCACGACCUCUACGCCUCGACGGUGCGCGUCAGCAACGUCGAUGACCCUUCCCUGCACCAGGGCCGGAAGCGGCAGAUACCGCACGUCGUCGGCAACUGGCCGAGCCAUCUGUACGUGGAAUGGCACCCCAGCAGCGAAGAGCAUGCGGUCCUGGACUCGCUUCUGCGCACGUUAGGGCAGCAGCUGGAAGCGAAAGAAGGGAAGUACAAAGAUAGCGGCAUCGGCGGCACCGCUACUGAUUCGGACGUGGCCGCCGUCUCGGCCAAGCACAAGCUGUCCACCUUCCUGGCCUCGGACCUCGGCGCCCCGCUGCCGCUGCACAUCUCGCUGUCGCGGCCGCUGGCCCUGACGACGGCCCAGAAGGACGACUUCCUCGGGCGGCUGCGGGCGAGCCUCGGCCGGUCCGGGGCCCGGCCCUUCGAGCUGGCGCCCACGGGCCUGGAGUGGCACCGCACCCACGAGAGCGCGCGCAGCUUCCUCGUGCUGCGGGUGGGCAGCAGGCGGAAGCAGCCCUCCGGCGCCGGCCCGGCGGAGGCGGACGACGGGGACCGGGGUAAGUCUGGGGCAGCAGGGGCAAGGGAGCCGCAGGCGAAAAAGAAUCCCGAGCUGGCGGCGCUGCUGGGCCGCUGCAACGCGCUGUGUGCGUCGUUCGGCCAACCUGAGCUGUACGCCUUCAAGCCGCCUGCCAGUAGUGCCAGCGGAGGAGCCAGCGGAGGAGCCAGCGAAGAGAAGGGCAGCAGUCGCAGCAGCGGCGGUCCGGGGACUGCGGUGGGGGACGCCUUCCACGUGUCCAUCGCGUGGUCGUUCGCCGAGCCCACGCCCGAGAUGCGGCGGGUGACGGAGCAGGUCUUUGCGCGGGCCGGUUGCGGCGACGCCGUCGCGGACAUGCGGAUCAAGGUGGACGGCGUCAAGGCCAAGAUCGGGAACGUGGUCACUCACAUCGGGCUGUUAGCGCCGGGAUCGGACACCGGAAACGAAGAGGUGGUCAAGGGCGAGAGGCGAGGGCUGUUCGGGCUUUGA